CAACUAUUAGCUUCCAAGACCAUCCCAAAACACAUGUCCCAUGCGGGCAUGAGACAGGUGAUGUAUUGAUCAAAGAAUGUAUUCCAUAUAUGUGCACGUUAGAUGCAUCGCGGCCAGGCGCAACUGAGUGGCCGUAAACAGUCCGUGUCAACAGAGCAUCCAGCGAUCCAAGAUCACCGAUGCAGCAGUUUGAGCAACCCAACAAGCGACGCAGGAUGGCAGCAUCAUCAGAGUCAGUCUCUCCGGACCCCAUUACGCUGCCAUCAUCGCCACUUGGUACGCGAAUCGCUAGCUCGCCAACGAAACCACUUGCGCCGAGGUCCACCAACGUGCAUUCUUCGGCAAGCAAGUCCGUUGUAUUGGAUGUGGAUAAGGCCGGCCAUGUCAGUCCGUGGCGCAUCAAGGUGACCGUGGAAGCAGAGCCGCGAUCCGGAAGUGGUAGCCCCAGCAAGCGUAGGAUCGCAAGAAGGACAACGAAGGUGCCGCUUAAAGAUGCGCCGUCGAGCAGUCCGAUUAGGAAUACACGCAUAGCUGUGGCCGCUGCAGGCAGUGAAAUAGGACAUCCAGCACGGAGAAAGCGCAAGGUUACGCCAGUGCGCAGCACAACAAGGACACAACCACCGGGAGAGCCAGUAACGGACGAGGACGACGCUGCGCUCAUGCCACCACCAAGUUUACCUUCAAGCUCAGCAGCAAAGGCUAGAAGACGACGAAGCCUGGUGGAAGACUCUGUAGAGUGUUCCCAGCGACUCAGUCUAGCUCGCGAGGAGCUUGAUCGGGCGUUGCAGGAUGCAGUGGGUCACGAAGGAGAGGAUGCUGAGGAUGGCGAGUAUCAUCCUGUACCCGGCGACAUGACGGUAGCCGGUGACGAAGAAUUCACCAUGGUGUCCGUUGAUACACUGCAAAGCAUGAAAGCCGACACUUCAGUGAUCAGUCAGCGGCACGAGGGUGAAAGGAGCACCCUGACUGCCAGCUAUCUUCCGUCGUCACCGCCCAAGCUGGACCAUGAGAAGAUGCCUACGGCAACUGUCAAUUACCCAAAUUUGUCGAUCGUGGUAGAAGAAGCACGUACGAAGGCGAGCAUUCUCUAUGAUGUUAUAGACAAUGCAACCGGGGGCGCUGAAGAAGAUCCAACAUCGAAGAUAAUUCAACAGCCGAAUGACGCUGACAUUUGGCAAGAAGAAGCCUCUCGUUCGUUUGAGGACGAGAGCGAAACUCAAGUCCUACCACGGUCAUUUCGUCGCAACCAGCAGGCGCAACCGAACAGAGUUGUAUCGCAGAAUCUCAACGCUCUUUUCGCAGGGACAUCUAGGCCGCCUCGCUCGAAGAUUCCACGGACGUGGCGUAGAACGUCGGGCAACGACUUCGCAUAUGGUGACUCGCCAGCCCAUGCCGAAGGAGAAAUCGCGCCCAGUAAGCGCGAUGCAUCAACAGACGGCGGCGGCAGUCGCGCAAGCAGUGGUGUGAUGACUCCGCCAAGCUCUGAGGACGAAGCGAACAAGCAGCAGCAACCAGAGGCUGAUGAUCACAGCUUCUCACGACCUGAUGCGGAAGCAACUCAGCUACAAGCAAAGGGUGUCAUGGAGUGUGCGAAGAAAGUAGUCUCGCCAGGCGCACGAAGCGAGAUCGCCAGUCCCUGCUCGGACAGCAGCUCAAGCGUCACGAGUCCGGAUGGCGAUGACACAGGUCUGUUCUGGCAAAGCAACAUGCCGCAAGUGUACCGCACCGAUCGGCCAAGACCACAGCGCCAGAAGGCGCUGGAUCUGAGUGAGCUAUUGAGUGCACACAAAGGUCGAGACAGAUCGACAUCUGAAGAAGCACGUCUGGCAAAAACAGCUCAGGCAGCCAGCACUUCUGCCAGAAGAGCCCAGGGUAGGGCAAGUGAAGGCAAAGCUCACAGUCCGCUCCACAUGCGCCCGGUGGAGGGCAAGAUCAAAAGCAGCCCGAGUGAAGCUGGGAAGGCGAGAAUGGUUAGUAGCCCGCUGCGGAGAAGUCUGCUUAGGAGCAGCAAGCUGGGAGGUAGUCCGGUUGGCAAAGUUGGGAAGCCCGUCCAACCACAAGCUGCUGCGAUUAGAAACGUGGGUUUGAGGAGCGCAAAUGUACAAAUUGCAGGUGACGAGGUGGAUGGUGAGGAUGAGAUUGAUGCCAGCUUAAACAGCAAAGCAAGUGAGCAGAGGCAGUUGCUGGCUGAGAUAGCUGCGCAAGGUGUACAACCGCACGGCAGCGAAGAUGCAUACGUUGAAACAAGCCAUUUGGCAGAGCUUUACCCGGUCGGCGGCGGUGGCGGUGAGGUCGAGGGAGCCAGCGGAGGAGGCUCUGACGGCGACGAGCCUUCGCGCAGCUACGAGGAGCACCUGAAUCUCGACAGUCCACAGAAAAUCAGAGUCAAGUUUAAUGACUCUGCCGUCAACUCGUCGGUGCUCAGGCCGACUAAGCAGUAUCAACCUUUGUUUACGCCAGUUAGUGCAGAGCAGGGGAAAGCUUCACCACCUACCAUCACCCUCGUGGGCAAGAGGCCCGAGCCAUCUACUCAAGGCUUCAUCAGCCGCCUCAGCACCAACUUCUGGUCAGCGGUUAUCCGCCCGAGCGGACCAACAGACGUCCUGCCCGCGAACGACCCGAUCUACUCUCCCUCUCUCCGCGCACACAUCCGUAGUCGCUACGGUGUGUUACCAUCAACGCACCCAUGGAAGAUGGUACACAUGCGCACCCUACACCGCAUGCACAACUCAUGCACCAGCAACAAGAGCGAUAGCAUUAUUCCGAAGUCAGGUCCCUUGCCAGCACAUCUUCUCCGCCUAGUGGGCUACAGAAUUCACAGUGUAGGCGGCUCGCAGUACGACUUCACGACUCAGCACGCACACGUUGUGGAAGCGUUGAUGCAAGUGCUCGUGCCACGCGAAUUGGUGGAAGCGAUGAAGAGAGGUGAAGUUGAGGUACUGGGUGAUGCAAUCGCAAGGGAGUACCGGGGGCUGAUCAUGGGACGGCACGGUGACGAUCUGGUAUGGAGUCCAGAAAGGGGCGUGCUCACGGGAGAUAUCACGGCGGAGUUUGUGGUGAAAGCGCUGGGUGAUGUGGUCGCUUUUGAGGUGGGCAAAGCGAUGGUCGAGCGACAGGAGACGCGAAAGUAGCUCAAUCUAGAGCGGCGAGGACGGCUUACGGGAUACGCGACGAAGAUGACUGUCAGGAGAGCGACGACAGAAGACGUCUACUCACAAUAAUGAUGCCGCAGUCACCGACACCACGUAUCCCAAGAUUCGUAUGAACGGAACCGUGUCCGCCAUCCUCUGUCAAAGCCUGCACAAUUUGCACUCAAGGCUGCACAUGAUACUCCGACCCCAUCUCUAUCAUGCCUUGGCCCUAGCACACGCUCGUACAAACACAUCUGCAAACAUAGGAUCAACGCCGAUUCCGUACACUAAUGGAAGCCGUCCAGCCUGACCCAGUACAAAGCUCGUCUUCUGCGACAUCAUGCUGGUUUCCGUUUGAAUGGUGUCGCUUUGCCACGGCUGUAUGUCUGUCUCCGUGAGGUGGCUGUAAUGGAGAGCCAAAAACGAGUACUGCUGCUGGUGCUCCUCAUCGUCACGUGACAGUUCCGAAAAGGCACGGCUUAAACUCAAUAGCG